AUGAAGAAAGAAGAGAUCAUUGAGAUUUGGCAUGGAUUAUUGAACAGCAAAAAACAGUUUUUGUGGGUUAUUAGGCCAAACAUGGUACAAGAAAAAGGACUGUUGAAGGAACUUGAGGAAGGGACUAGUAAGGAACAAGGGUUGAUUGUGGGGUGGGUUCCACAAGAUGAGGUAUUGGCUCACAAGGCAAUUGGUGCUUUUUUGACACAUAGUGGAUGGAAUUCAACUUUGGAGAGUGUGGUUUGUGGUGUGCCUAUGAUUUGUUGGCCUUACUUUGCUGAUCAACAGGUUAAUAGUAGAUUUGUGAGUGAGGUUUGGAAAAUUGGUUUGGAUAUGAAGGAUGUUUGUGAUAGGAAUGUAGUGGAGAAAAUGGUGAAUGAUGUUAUGGUGAAUAGGAAAGAUGAGUUUCUUAGAUCAUCUAUGAAUCUGGCUGAGUUGUAA